AUGAUAAGGCAUGUUAUUUAUUCGCUUGCUGUAGUGGCCAAGAAGGCAAAGUCGAGAAACAUCCUGGUCCGCCUUAUCAGCACAGCAGGCACAGGGUUCACGUAUGUCAAGCAGCGCCCGCGCACAGCCGCAUACCGCCUGUCGAUGAUGAAGUUUGAUCCGCGUGUCAACAAGCACGUCUUGUUCAUGGAGCACAAGAUGAAGUAAAGUUUGUAUUUUCACUCCCGGGCAUUAAAAAGAUAUCACAAACCAAGCGCUUG